UGACGUCAGCGGCGGGGCGAGGAGAAGUGACAGAGGCCCGCGGCCGCCGCCUCCUUUUCGCCGCGGGCCCCGGCACCGGCAGCACCUCCGGCGGCACCUCCGGCAGCACCUCCAGCUCCAGAUCUAUAUCAGAAUACCUGAGGUCCAUCAUGUUUUCCAAGCUGAGCCGCCCCCAGAGCGUUGCUGUUCUCUCUCGAGGUCUCCAAGCAUCACUGAGUUCUGCUGCCUCAGUUGCUCCCAAAAAAACUGUUCAAAGGCCCGUCUCCUCUGAGCUGAUCUAUGAACGUGAGGCUAAAUAUGGUGCCCACAACUAUCACCCACUGCCUGUUGCUCUGGAAAGAGGGAAAGGUGUUUAUGUGUGGGAUGUUGAAGGUAGAAAAUAUUUUGACUUUCUGAGUGCUUACAGUGCAGUAAAUCAAGGUCACUGUCACCCAAAAAUCGUGGAUGCUCUGAAAGCUCAGUCUGAAAAACUGACCCUGACAUCCAGGGCAUUCUACAACGAUGUACUUGGUGAAUAUGAGGAGCUCGUCACCAAAAUGUUCAAUUACAACAAAGUUCUUCCAAUGAACACAGGGGUGGAGGCUGGAGAAACUGCCUGUAAACUGGCUCGGAAAUGGGCAUACACUGUGAAAGGAGUCCCAAAAUACAAGGCUAAAAUUAUUUUUGCAGCUGGCAACUUCUGGGGCAGGACAAUGUCUGCCAUCUCCAGUUCUACUGACCCAUCCAGCUAUGAUGGAUUUGGGCCCUUCAUGCCAGGUUUUGAAGUGAUCCCAUACAAUGACCUCCCAGCUCUUGAGCGGGCCCUUCAAGAUCCCAACGUGGCAGCUUUCAUGGUUGAACCAAUCCAAGGGGAAGCAGGUGUGGUUGUUCCUGACAAGGGUUAUCUCACAGGAGUGAGGGACCUCUGCACAAAACACAAUGUUCUGUUUAUUGCUGAUGAAAUACAGACUGGUUUAGCCAGAACAGGGAAAAUGCUGGCUGUUGACCAUGAAAAUGUGAGACCUGAUAUAGUUCUUCUUGGAAAGGCCCUUUCUGGUGGCUUAUAUCCUGUCUCAGCUGUACUGUGUGAUGAUGAAAUUAUGCUGACCAUUAAGCCUGGUGAACAUGGAUCUACAUAUGGAGGAAAUCCAUUGGCUUGCCGUGUGGCAAUGGCAGCACUGGAGGUAAUUGAAGAUGAAAACUUGGCAAAAAAUGCAGAAAUAAUGGGUAACAUACUAAGAAAUGAACUCAUGAAGACACCGUCCAACAUUGUAACUGCUGUGAGAGGAAAGGGGCUGUUAAAUGCAAUUGUAAUCCGGGAGACCAAAGACUACGAUGCCUGGAAGGUGUGUUUGCGGCUCCGCGAUAACGGACUCCUGGCCAAGCCCACGCACGGGGACAUCAUCCGUCUGGCACCACCACUGGUGAUUAAGGAGGAUGAAAUCAGAGAGUCCAUCGAAAUAAUUCACAAGACCAUCCUGUCUUUCUGAAAAAUGUGGCUUUUACAGUCUGUCUGCUGACUGCUCCGAGGUGGUGUGCUGAAAUACGUGCGAUGAAGGCCUGCUCUUGAAGCAAUCAUCUCUCAUUCCUUUUAUCUGAGAGGACUUGUAGCUGUAUCUUUAAAUUACAGUGGCUUGAUAAAGAAAAUACAGAAUGAUUUUAAAGAG